ACGUGCUGGCGGCUAGCCAAUCAUCGGGGGCGGCGCAGGGCGGGGCGGCAGAGACGGAGAAAGCGAAGGGUAAGGUACCGCCCUGCAGACUUUCCAGCUGAUCCCCCGGUGGCCUCAUGUCGCGCAGCGGAACCGGUCCUGAGCAGCGCCAGCAGGCGUCAGAGGCGGACACCGCAGCAGCAACCUUCCGGGCAAGCGACCAUCAGCAUAUCCGCUACAACCCGCUGCAGGAUGAGUGGGUGCUGGUGUCUGCUCACCGCAUGAAGCGACCCUGGCAGGGUCAAGUGGAACCCCAGCUUCUGAAGACAGUGCCCCGCCAUGACCCCCUCAACCCUCUGUGUCCUGGGGCCACCCGAGCCAAUGGAGAGGUGAAUCCCCACUACAAUAGCACCUUCCUGUUUGACAACGACUUCCCAGCUCUGCAGCCUGAUGCCCCCAGUCCAGGACCCAGUGAUCAUCCUCUUUUCCAAGCAAAGUCUGCUCGAGGAGUCUGUAAGGUCAUGUGCUUCCACCCCUGGUCGGAUGUGACGCUGCCACUCAUGUCGGUUCCUGAGAUCCGGGCUGUUGUCGAUGCAUGGGCCUCAGUCACAGAGGAGCUGGGUGCUCAGUACCCUUGGGUGCAGAUCUUUGAAAACAAAGGUGCCAUGAUGGGCUGUUCCAACCCCCACCCCCACUGCCAGGUGUGGGCCAGCAGUUUCCUGCCAGAUAUUGCCCAGCGUGAGGAGCGAUCUCAGCAGGCCUAUAAGAGUCAGCAUGGAGAGCCCCUACUACUGGAGUAUAGCCGCCAGGAGCUACUCAGGAAGGAACGUCUGGUCCUAACCAGUGAGCACUGGUUAGUGCUGGUUCCCUUCUGGGCAACGUGGCCCUACCAGACACUGCUGCUGCCCCGUCGGCAUGUGCGACGGCUACCUGAGCUGACCCCUGCAGAGCGUGAUGAUCUAGCCUCCAUCAUGAAGAAGCUCUUGACCAAGUAUGACAACCUAUUUGAGACGUCCUUUCCCUACUCCAUGGGCUGGCAUGGCAGGGGAUCCUGGGAGAUGUGGUUUUCAGGGGCUCCCACAGGAUCAGAGGCCGGGGCCAACUGGGAGCACUGGCAGCUGCACGCUCAUUACUACCCUCCGCUCCUGCGCUCUGCCACUGUCCGGAAAUUCAUGGUUGGCUACGAAAUGCUUGCUCAGGCUCAGAGGGACCUCACCCCUGAGCAGGCUGCGGAGAGACUAAGGGCACUUCCUGAGGUUCAUUACCGCUUGGGACAGAAGGAGAGGGAGACAGCAACCAUCGCCUGACCAUGCCAACCACAGGGCCUUGAAUCCUGUCCUGGAAUUUGGGCCGAUAUAGCAUUAAUAAAAUUGUGCAUCUCAAAC